AUCUGGUUUCAAAGUUGAAUCAAACUGUGUCGCAAGCAACGAAUUGUUUUCGGUGUGUCCGGCCACCGUUAUCUCAGUUCUUUGGAAAAACAAGAAAUCAUGUUCCAGGACGCCUCCCGUUCCGAAAUAGUUGGACUUUUAACAUUUCAUUUCUCUUUUCUACAUCGUCGUCGUCGAAAACACGAAACAUUUUUGAGCGCAUUUCCUGAAACUUGCGAUGGCAUUUUUUUAAAAUAUGACGGCAUACGUUUCUUUCUAAACAAUCCACAUUGAAACAGACGGCCCAACAGCGCGAAGUUGUCCAACUAUAUUUCAGUUCAUCAUCGUGAUUUGAAUUGAAACGAGAAAAUGUUACCGUUUCACGGGACUCCCGAAAUCGAUCUUCCUUCCCAGCGUUCGUGCCCAUUUCAGCUAUCGAGCUCACAAUGAUGUGGCCUGUUCAAAGCGCUCGGUUAAAACAAAACAAUUUGCUCGGAUUAAAUGACUCGUUCAAAAAGGCGCUGGAAAGGUUUUCUGUUACAGGAUAUUAACUCGGCUUUCAUUUGGCGACACAAUCGCGCGUGAUUCAGUCGUCAGUUUUCCGUCAUUCCAAACGAGACGUUGUUUGUUUUGAACGUGCUCCCAACAAUCACGAACGAAAUUCAUUGACCUACCCCCGCUCUCGGCACAAAAGAAAAUGAAGCUCACCAGUUCCUACUGUAAAAAUGGCAUCGUGAUUCUCUUUCUGUUAACGUUCGUCAUGUACGCCAUCCAACGGCCGACAGUUCUUCGGGCAGCAAAAACAGCGACGCGUCAAAAUAAAAGCAUUUUAAUUUGGAACAGUCCCGAACGCAUCGAAACGGCCGCUUUCGGCGUUGGCCGUUCGCCUUUUAUCGAACACGGUUGCCACAUCAACGAGUGUCUCAUCUUCGAUGACCAGUCGGCUCUUCCGUUGGAUAAUUACGAUGCCAUCAUCGUGCACGUUCACGAGUUGUGGUUAACAAAGUUACCCGAUUUCCAAAGACGAGGUCACCAACGUUUCAUCUUUCUGACGCAAGAGACGCCCUUAAUCUCGCAAACUCUGGACGUUUCUGCGCUGGCAAACGUGUUCAACUGGACCAUGACUUAUAGACUCGAUUCGGACAUUUUGUUGCUUUACGGACGCAUCCAUCCGCGCCGGACGGCCCCCAAAACUGCCGAAGACAUUCGAACAUUGAUGGGGAAAACGCGUUCGAUGUCGGCCAAGAACUACGCGGCCAAUAAGACGAGCGCGGUCGUUUGGAUGGCGUCUCAUUGUGACACUCCGAGUCGGAGGGAGGUCUACAUCCGCCAGUUGAGCGCAUUCAUUCCCGUCGAUAUUUACGGCGGGUGCGGACCGUUGACGUGCGAGCGCAAUCACACGCAUUGGCUUUCGCAUCCCAAGUGUUACGACGUCCUGGAAGCGAAAUACAAAUUCUAUUUGUCGUUUGAAAAUUCCAUCUGCGCGGAUUACGUCACCGAGAAGUUCUUUGAAAUUAUGCGCAAAGAGAUGGUGCCCGUCGUUUACGGCGGGGCCAAUUACAGCCGGAUUGCGCCUCCGCAUUCCUACAUCAACGCGCUCGAUUUCACGCCGGAGAAGCUGGCCGAGUAUUUGAAAAUGCUGGACGCUAACGAUACGCUGUACAAUGAAUUUUUCUGGUGGAAGGCUCAUUAUCGAGUGGAGGCUGGAGCGGAUCAAAUGGCGCGACACGGAUUCUGCGAUUUGUGCCGAAAACUCCACGAGGAAGAGGGCGUAACGCAAUACUAUUCCAAAUUAGUGUCACAGUGGGAUGCGAGCACUCAAUGCAAAUCUGAUUUAUGAACGAAUUUAUUUGGACUUGUUGAUACCAAAUUUCUUGUUGAGUUUUUUUCGUUAUAGCGUUUUGAAAAGCUGACGAAUGUUGCGAAAAAUAAACAUAGCACAAUGUUUACGCAAUUUGACUACCUGAUGUUUCGUGCGGCGAUUAAUAACUGAAUUUUUUUUUUAUCUGAUUGAUCUAUUUUUAAUAGUAUAUCGUCACUGAAUUGUAGUGAUAGCCUCCUUAGCUCAGUGGUAGAGCGCUGGUCUCGUAUGUGUGUGAAGUUAACCAGAGGUCGAGAGUUCAACCCUCUCAGGAGGCACGUGUAAAUGUCGUUCCUUUACGCGUGACACGGGUCUUAAUUCACUUAAAAAGUACUGCAAUGUGCGUUUAUUGUUUCACCGCUUCUUGCCAGUACCAAAACAUAAGCCUAUUGGAUUGUGAGCAUUUAAAAAUCGAUAUCGAAUGUCUGCAUUUUGAAAACGUUUUAAUUAUGUAAAGAAACAUUGGGGUAGGCUACUGUGUGCUAACAUAAUGGGAAAAAAAAUUAAUUAGAUUAGGAAA